CCAGGCGAACAGUAAGAAACAAGAGUCUCUUCUUUCCAUUCACAUCUAAUGGAGCCAGGGCCCAGACACCAUUAGGCCCAGCUCUCUCUCCGGCCAGCCCUGGCUGGUCUCCUUGAGGAUGAUGUGUGUGUCAUCUCCCUGUCCCUCUCCCUCCCGGGAGCCCCGGCCGAUGGCUUGAGCCUGCCUGAGACAGCAGGCUCGGGACUGCUGACCUGGAAAGCUGGCUCCUCAGGUUUGUCCCACAGAACACAGUUGGGAGUGACCGGGCCGGAGAGUCUCACUGGUCCUCGGGCAGGCCUGGCUAACUAAGGUCCCUGGAGGUCACAGGUCAGGACCCUCUGGACCUUCAAGGCCUGCUUUCAGGUCCCAGGCAUCGCGGCUUCGUCCAGACAGGCUUGUGGGCACCUUCUCUUUCCGGGGAAUGGGCACCCGUGAUGAUGUCCCCCCAGCCAAGGUUCUGGCUCCAGUGGCCGUGUACUGCGGGAGUGUCCCCAGGACAAGCGCUGGGCCUCGCGCACCCCUGCCUGGAAGCGUCAGCUCCACUCUGCCAGCUUUCAGCCCAGCCUCUGACCAGCUUGUGCCAAGUGUGCUGCAGAGCCAUGAGAAGCCAUCGCAGCCCUCAAGUGGAUGUGGGGACCCAGGCAGUCUCACACUGGGUGCCCCUUUGAAGGGCUGGCAGACCAGGAAUGGUCACCCCAGGAACCUUGGAGCUCUGUCUUUGGGACCUCACCCCGGGGGAUCUGUCAGCUUGUUGGAGUCAGAGACCAGCAGUGUGGCCAGAGACACCACCCAGAUCAAGGACAAACUCAAGAAGAGGAGGCUCUCGGAGGGCAUGGCAGCAUCUUUGCUAGCCUCUCUGGAUCCUGGGCGAGGCCCCCGAGCAGCCCCUCUGCAGAGCAUCGUGUCCCGCACUCCCCACCAGAGGCUGCUGAGGGUGCCCAGGCCAAUGCCUCCCAUCCAGAGCAUCCCUACCACCCCCGAGGCCAGUGGAGCCAAGGAGAAGGGCCUGGACACCCCCGGGAGCGGGCAGGGGGCCCAGGAGCUGAGAGCUGGCACUCAGGAGGUGCAGAUCUCCCCGCAGUACCUGCACUGCAACGAUGCGAAGAUGCAGAAGACCCUGGGAGGCAUCGGGAUCCCACCCAUUCCGAAGGCAGGGGUGUCCGGGGAGACCUCUCCCAGCAAGCCUGGCCCCCUUCCCAGCCCCCUGGCUCCGGGCCAGGCCGUCCUCACAGGAACAAGGCCCUCUCACACACGACUGGUCCGGGAGAGUGGCCCACAAGAGAAGAACCCUGAAUCUCCGGAGCCCAAACCUGCGGCCCCACUCUUUGGAGAGGGAUCUGCCGCUGCCCCCGUGAAGACCCUGGCCUCCUCACAGUCUGCUCCUGUGCUGACAGCCUUCUCCUGCGGACGUGCCAAAGAAGCCGUCCCCUUGCCGAGAGAAGAAGAGCAGAAGGAACCCGGCACCAAGUUCCAAGUCGCCAUCUCCAGGUCCGCCCAGGAGAAGAUGCGGCUGAAGCAGAUGAAGGAGAUGGAGUUGUUCCGGAGGGCGAAGGAACCAGAGAGGGAACGGGCACUUGCUGCCCAGGGCCUGGGCUCCAGGAGAACCUUCGUGAAGGAAGGCCUCCUUCCCCUGCGGGGCAGCGGGACGCUGUCUGUGCCCACCAGGCUGAGCAGCCCCUGCAGAAACAGCGGUGGCGUCCUCCUGAGGAAGCGGGCCAACCGGUCUUCUCUGCCCAGCAUCCCUGUCAGCAGGCCGGAGCCCCGCUUUGCUCGGCACGCAUCAGCUAAUUCCUUACCUGCCGUGCUCACUUUGGGGUCUCCUGAGUGGGAGGCAGAGGAGGAGGAGAUGGACCUUAGAACCUUCAAGGAACUGCGGCCUUUCUCGAACCCGGAGCUGGUCUUGAUGGAUGUCCUUCAGGGCCUAAGCAGCAGUGACUGGCAGGUGAAGGAGAAGAGCCUGGUGAGCAUCCAGCGCCUGGCAGCCUGUCACCCGGAGGUCCUCGCUGGGAGGCUGCACGACGUGUCGUUGGCAGUGACUGGGGAGGUCACCAACCUCCGCUCCAAGGUGUCCCGCCUGGCCAUCAGCACCCUGGGAGCCCUCUUCCGGGCUCUGAAGAGGAGCAUGGACCAGGAGGCUGAGGAGGUCGCCCGCUGCCUGCUGCAGAAGAUGGGGAGCUCCAGCGAGUUCAUCCAGCGCGCGGCCAGCCGGGCCCUGGGUGCCAUGGUGGAGAACGUAACCCCUGCCCGGACCUUGAUGGCCCUCACCUCAGCAGGCGUCAGCCACCGAAACCCCUUAGUCCGGAAAUGCACUGCCGAGCACCUCUCAGCUGUCCUGGAGCAGAUUGGCGCCGAGAAGCUUCUCUCUGGCAGCAGGGACAGCAUCAACAUGCUGGUCCACACGCUGGUGAGGCUGGCCCAGGACUCCAACCAGGACACCAGGUUUUAUGGCCGGAAGAUGGUGACUACCCUGAUGGAAAAUGCUAAGUUCGACAUGUUUCUGAAGCAGCCCCUUCCAUCUCAUGACCUGCGGAAAGUCAUGGCGGCCAUCAAGCAGCAGGGACUAGAAGAUAACCGUGAACUUCCAUCUGCCAAAGGCCGCAAGGUGUCGAGGAGUCUGGUGGCAUGUGAGAACAGGCUGCCUGCUGAAGAGGGGUUUGGCUCCAGUGGCCCGCGGCUGGCUGUGCGCUCCUCCUUGCGGGGUGGCACGGAAAUAGCAGAGCAACUGCGGGAGCUGACGAGGCUGCUGGAGGCCAAAGAGUACCAGUCUCGGAUGGAAGGUGUGGGGCGGCUCCUGGAGCACUGCAAGACCAAGCCGGAGCUCAUCAUCGCCAACCUGGUCCAGGUCUUUGAUGCUUUCACCCCAAGGCUUCAGGAUUCCAACAAGAAAGUGAACCAGUGGGCUUUGGAGUCCCUUGCCAAGAUGAUCCCUCUCCUCAAGGACAGUGUGCAUCCCAUGCUGCUCUCCCUCAUCAUCGCUGUUGCAGACAACCUCAACUCUCAGAACUUGGGGAUUGCCGCUGCUGCCACCUCUGUGCUGGAUGCAAUGACAGAGAGCCUGGACGCCCUCGGCCUCCUCCAAGCCUUUGCCGGGCGUGUGCGCUUCCUGAGCGGCCGUGCGGUGCUGGACAUCACGGAUCGCCUGUCAGUGCUGGUGACCUCAGUUUACCCUCAAAAACCACAGGCCGUGGAGCGCCAUGUCCUCCCUGUCCUCUGGUACUUCCUGAGCAACAUGACCGGGAAUGGCACGCUGCCAGGGCGUGGCGGGUAUGUCCGCACGGUGGUGUGCCAGCUGUCCAGGACCCUACAGCAGCAAAUGGGGGCCCAACUGCAGGAGUUUGCCACUGGCCAGCCAAAGCAAGUCCACCAAAUGCUCCAGGAACUCUUAAACACAGGGUCCCCGGGAGGCACCCAUGAGGUCACCGACGGAGAGGUGCCACCUGACAGCUAGACAACCGGGAGCGCCUGUCCCUCUCAGCUGGAUUCAAGAAGGGCCCCAAAUAGUCGAUUAUCAUUUUUUAUCUUAUUUUAUUUUUAUGGUGGAAUAAUAUUUCCCGCUUAG